AUGGAGGUCCAAGAAGCCGGUACGGCAGUCGCCAGCGACGAUGUGGACGUCAUCGGACUGCAUGCCCGGAACGGCAUCUCCGUGCUCGUCGUCGGCUCCGGGAUAGGCGGGCUGAGCGCCGCGAGGGAGCUCUGGCGCAUCGGCUGCGAUGUCACGGUGCUGGAGCGGCAGCCCAGCGAGGUUCUUACAGGCGACUCCUUCACCAUUGGGCCCUCGGCCCGGCGCUCGCUAAGCAGGUUCCCUCGUCUGGAGCGCGAGGUCGACGCCCUGAGCUGGGACCCCGUCAUGCACAUGCGUGAUCUUGGGGGAAGGCUGGUCCGCGGGCCGAUGGAGCGGACGGACAUGCUGUCCGCGAGGGCCAAGGCUGCUGUGCCGGGAUGUAAGCUCAGUCGCCAGUCGAGGCCAAGGUUGUACGUGGCUAUGCUCGAGCAUCUGCGCAGAGUGGGCGUGCCGGUCGAGCAUGGCGCGGAGGUGCGGGAGUAUUUUGAGGAUGAGAACUGUGGUCGUGCUGGGGUGGUGCUGGGGGAUGGGAGCCGUCGUGAGGCGGAUUUGGUUAUUGCUGCGGAUGGUGUCCAUGGUAGGUCGUGGGAACUGGUGCUGGGUGAGGAGGUGCCUGCGCGGCCGAGCGGGGAUGCCAUGUUUCGCGUCUCAUACCCCUUUGGAGGCGGCUUGCAAGACCCUGUUAUUGAUGCCGAGUAUCCCCUUCUUGAAGGCGAUAGGCCUCAAGUGAAUGGGUACAUUGGACCUGACAUUCAGCUAUUCAUCGCCCGCACGCACGAUGAGAUUAGCUGGUCGCUAGCUCAUAAGGACGACGGCCGCGCGCGGGAGUCGUGGGACCACCACCCUCCCGUCGAGAAAGUCCUCGAGCUUCUCGAGAAUCACAAGGAGCUUCCCGAAGCUGUGAGGCGUGUCAUAAGAGCCACGCCGGAGGGGACCCUCGUCGACUACCGCAUCAUGUGGCGAGAUCCGCAGCGUACGUGGACGUCGCCGGCCGGACGGGUGCUGCAGCUCGGCGACGCGGCGCACACGUUCCACCCGAGCUCCGGCAAUGGCGGGACGCAGGCCGUGGAGGAUGCCGUAUCGAUAGCAAAGUGCCUGUCCAUCGCUGGCAAGGGCGGCGUGGAAUGGGCGACGCGCGUGUCCAACCUGCUGAGGUUCGAGAGAGUCUCCUGCCUGCAGGCGUUUGGCAUCUACAACCAGGCGAGCAAGAAGAAGGGCGGUGCGCUGGGCGAGCUGGGGCACUGGAUCAUCGCGCAUGAUCCGGAGGCGUACGCUGCGGAAAAGUAUGAAGAGGCGUUGAGCCACCUGCAGCAUGGCACGCCCUUUGUAAGCACCAAUACUCCCCCGGGGAUGGUGUACGCGCCCUGGAGCAUCGACACGCUGGUUGACGAGCACGAGAAUGGGGCCGUCACGGUGUUGGGCGGUGACUGGAGCUAG